AUGGUAAAAUAGUUCACUGAUAAAGAUAAAACAGAACUUAAUAUUGAAGAUAAAAGAUAUAAAAAGUCUAAAAAGUCUAACUAUAAUAAUGAAUAUGAAAAUUAAAGAAUUGAAAAAAGAACUGAAUUAUUAGAUGUAUCAAUUUUCAAAGAUAGAAAAGAUUUAAGUGAUAAAGUUAAAGAAAUUGAAAAUCAAUAGUUUUGA